AUGUCUACUGACAACAAUCAUAUCGCCGAUAAUGAGAGAUUAUUGGAACUGCUAGAUUCCAUAGAAAAACAGUUUCUAGUGCCAUACGAAAAACCAGCAGACUUGCGUAAAAUCUGUUCCACCACCAAACUACAAGAUUCCACUCCAAUAAAGGAACUAGAGAAGUUAGCUUCUGUACUGAAAGCCCAUUGCACAAAGAUCGGUAUUGUGUGUAAACCAGGUACUUUUGAUCGCAAUCAUAAAGUUGUCUUCACGGAAAUUCAGAACUUUAGCAAACCUCUAUUCUACUUACUAAGUUUAUUUCCUUUGUUUUACAACGACAAAAAUUGUCCCAAAUAUUUCACAGAUCAACUCGACGAAAGUACACUGCAAUUGCUUGAUGGUUUAAGAGACUUUGUUGCAGAAUUACAAAAAAGAUUGAAAAAUGAGCAGGACGCAUCGCUAGACAAAGAAAGAUUAACCUCCGUUGGUAAAAUAUUCAAUGCGUGCGAUUCACUUUCCAAUUGUUCCAAGGUUGGGCCUUUUGGAAUUCUGGCAAAUAUUCUCAAGGGUAACUUAGCAAUAAUGGAUGAUACGCUGGAUGAAAUAAAAGAAUGGCUUGAAGAGCCUGAUUUUUCAGCAAAUUCGACCGAUAUAUUCUUAGAUUUCGAAAAUUCUGAGUCUGAAACUGAGGUGAACGAUGAAGAAGACUUUGAUCAGGAAAAAAUAUAUGAGAGCAUUAAGUCGUUCUUUUAUGGUUUUGCGAGGAAGAUAAAGCUAAUCAAAUUACUUGUAUCAACUUUCAGGAAAACGCUAGUAUCAAAAGAUUUCAAGCCCAAGAAGACUCAAGCAAGCAUCUUAGACAGUUUGCAUACAUCAUUUAAAGAAGUACAAUUGCUCUUGGAUGAAGUGGUAUCCACCGUGCAGUUUGAGCCAAAGAAAUUCAGCGCUGAAGAAGUGAAGGAAGAGCAAGCCGGACUGAGUGCAGUAACUAAGAAAGCUCUUACCCAAAUCAAUAAAUUAUAUGAAGGCGAUGCCAAAAGAAAAAAGUGGAUCGAGAUAUGGGAGACAAAAUUUAAAGAACUGCCUUAG